AUGCCGUUUGGAGAGUGCACGAUCACACUUCAGGACAUGGCCUACCAGUUGGGGUUGCCAGUGGACGGACGUUAUGUGAGUGAUUGCCUGACAGAUUUCCAUAUAUACAUCCAGGGUGGUCGUCCGGCUUGGGUGUGGUUUCAGGAGUUGCUUGGUGUGUUACCUCCUGCGAACCAAGUCCAGAAGUUCGCAAUGAACUGCACCUGGUUCCAGGAGACUUUUGGAGAGUGCCCCACGGGCACCGAUGAGGAGACAGUGAGGCGCUUUGCUCGUGCCUAUAUCAUGAUGUUGUUGGGCACUCAGUUGUUUACCGACAAGUCCGGCAACCGUAUUCACAUCAGAUGGCUACCGUACGUGGCUAGGCUUGAGGAGAUGGGUGGAUACAGCUGGGGGUCGGCGGCGCUAGCAUGGUUGUACAGGUGCAUGAGCCGAGUGGCCAACAGGUAUGUGGUGAAGUUAGCAGACCCGUUACAGUUGCUUCAGUCCUGGAUCUUCUGGCGAUUUCCUAGAUUUAGGCCUGCUGGUUAUGAUGAGUUUAGCUGGCCCUUGGCCUCGAGGUGGUCAAGUCACAAUCCUUCCGGUAGCGAGAAGGGACCUCGGGUGCAGAUGUGGAGGCUCAGGAUAGACAUGUUACAGGCCAGGGAUUUUAUCUGGAUGCUAUAUAGCUCCCCCGACGUCCUUCAGGUUGACCAUCCGGAGGUGUUGGAGCCUCGUCAUACGACCUUAUGGAGGUGUGUGACGGCACUGAUAUAUUUUGCCGUCGUAGAGUGGCACCAGAUUGACAGGACCCGGGACCCUUACAUGACUUCUUGGACUGGUGGAGUCAGCAUGGAAAGAGAGUUCGGAGGGUCACACUUUUUAGAUGAGAUCACUGCCAUCAUACAACAAGAAGAGACAGCACGUCGAGGCGGUCAGAGUUCGGAGACACAUGCACCAUUAGAUGUCGAUCUGAACGACCCUCCUUCUGUGCCUGUUCCUGACUAUUUUGCAUUGGGUGGUACCCCUCCUUUCGCCUAUGCUACUGGGUCACAUUCAUUUGCCAGACCGUCUAGGGCACUCGUCCGCGGAGAGUCAUUUCCUUCGGGUUCUUCCUCACAACCGUUAGAUGUCUAG